AUGGAGGAAAUACAGAACUUAAAAAAAAAGAAUUAUAAAUCAGUACAAAAAAAUUAUAGUGAAGACUAUCUUGGACUUGAUUUUUCAUACCAAGGAUUAAAGCAUCUUUCUUACUCUUUGUUUCAACUUACUUUUAUCAAAGAGUUAAAUUUGAAAGGUAACGAUUUAGAAAAUAUUCCUGGAGACAUUUACAUCCUAAAAAAUCUUGAAAUUUUAAAUCUCAGCAAAAAUAAAAUUAAAUUUUUACCGGCUAAAAUAGGUAAAAUGAUAAAUUUAAAAGAGCUGUAUUUAUCUGAUAAUUUUAUAUCAAAUAUCCCUAUGGAACUUGGAAGUUUGUACAACUGUACUGUAUUUGAAAUUAAUAAUAAUCCACUUAUUAGUCCUUUUAACUUAUUAUAUAAGGAUAAAAAGUUAUUACAGUACUGUAGAGAACAUAAUACAAAUUAUGGCCCGCCAGCAGAUAGAACAUGGUUAGAUACUGUUAUAAAAAAGGAUAUGUCGGAAAUAACAUUUUCUUGUGGCACAUACAACAUUUUAUCGAAUUAUAGUGCAGUACGUUUAGGAUAUCCACCUACUUGGGUUCUUAAUCCUGAUUAUCGUAAAGAAAAUAUUUUGCAUAACAUUUGCUCUAUAAAUGUUGACAUUCUUUGUUUACAAGAAGUUGAAACUUACAAUUAUGAAGAUUUUUAUAAAGAUCAGUUAGAGUUAAGAUGUGAAUACAGUUCAGUUUUCCAACCUAAAGGAAGAUCGAAAAAUUUAACAGAUUCUAAAUCCGUGGAUGGAUGCGCGACUUUUUGGAAAAAAUCGAAAUUUAAGAUAAAGGAAAAUUUAGUUAUUGAUUUUUAUAGUAAAUUUAUAAAUGAUUAUAGAUUCAAUAAAAAUAUUAAUUUAGUCAGCAGAUACGGUAAGAAAGAUAACAUAGCACUAAUUUCAAUCUUUGAAAUUUCUCAGACAAAACAAACACUUAUUGUUGUAAAUGUUCAUUUGUAUUGGGAUCCUGAGUAUGAGGAUAUUAAAUUUGUACAGGCAAUCAUUUUACUUGAGGAAUUAGAAAAAGUCAGUAAAUGUUAUAAAAAUCCCAGUAUUGUCUUAUUAGGAGAUUUUAAUUCUUUACAAAAUUCUUCUGUAUAUUCAUUUAUCACUCAAAAUAGUGUAUCGAAUACAAAUUUGUGUAAAUAUAACAUAGGAUUUAUUCCUGGUCAUUUUUUAAAACUGUCUGAUGCAUAUUUGAGCGAAGAAAAUGACUUCACUAACUUCACACCCACUUUUAAAGGCGUGAUAGAUUUCAUUUUUUAUUCAGAUACAUUGGAAUUGAGAAGUAUACUUUCUACGAUUGAAAAUGAAUAUUGUGAUCAGGUAGUUGGUCUUCCCAAUAUUCAUUUUCCGUCUGAUCAUAUUUUUUUAGCAUCAAAAUUUAAAUUAAAAAAAUAA